AUAAAAACACGUAAAAAGAAACGAAAAUCAGGUAGGGAAUGAAUUGUCACAUUGACAUUUUCGAAUGCGUUAUGGUGUUUCGUAUAAAUUUAUUAUAUUGCUUUCAUUUUGUAAAUAAACUCUAGUGAAAUGUCGAACACUAGUUUAGUGAGUGUAAAGGAGUUGAUUGAGUCAGCGUUUGGUGGUGAUGAUGCCAACACUGUCAACUUUAAGUUACUGGAGGCAGUGCUCUACAUCCUGGCGAGACAGCUGCGUAUGUUGGGGCGCCGCGUGCAGGUCACCUGCGGGCCUCUCAGCCCCACGCACACCUUGAGCAGGCUCUCCGUCAGCGAAGUCAAGAUAGAAGCGUCUGGUGUAAUCAGGGAUAAGAAACUUAAGGCAGCGGACAAAGCCGGUAAAGUAACAACGGAAAAGGAAAAAGGACAACUAAAGAGAGGAAAAUCGGAGACUGAUACAGGAAGUGCUUCGAAAAAAGCAUCUUCCUUACAUAAAACGGAAGCUGGUCUGGAUAUUUUGGAAUCGAGCAAAGAAGUAGAGCUACGAGUUAUUAGUCAGAGAAGCGAUUCCCACGAAGAGCCAGAUCUGAACCCGCAAGCAAUGACAGCAGCUACCGGAAAGCAGCACGAGAAGAUAUUAGUUGUUGAAAGAAUCCCAUCACAAGAGUUGAAAAAGGCGAAAUCAGGUCGUCCAGAUAUAUCCGUGGUAACAUUUGAGCAGUUUGAGACUCUAGUAUCAAAAGUAAAAGAAUUAGAAGACCGCUUGGCCCCGGCUAGGAAACCAAGUUUCCCGGAAAAUGAGGAACUUAUAAAUGAGAUUCGUAAAGGUGGAUCUUUGACUGAUGCCAUGGCUGCUCUGCAACUCGGAGCUAGACUAGAAUCUUCAGAAAAGACUUUAGAAAAUCUUAUCAAUCUUGUCACUGAGUUAGCACAAAAAACAGGAGUAGAUUUGACGGGAACUGGCUCCCGUCCGACCCAUGGGACGCAAGAUGUCCCAGGAAGCACCAGCCAAAUAGCACAGCAUUCAAAAAAAGAGCUCCACGAGUCUGAACGAAUAUCACAAAUGGAAUUGAGAAAAGCUUUGAUGGACACACAUAGCCAAAUAAUAAAAGAGUUAACCGAACAAAACGAAAAAGCUAGACUGACUACAGAAGAGGCAGUAAAUAGUGCAAAAAAAAUAGAAGAAAAUCUUCAUGUGGCAAUAGAAUUAGGAGAUCGUAUGCAAGAACUUGAAUCUUUGGUAGCAGACUACACUGAUCGAAUAACAUACAUAGAUACAGGAGUAUCUGCUCAGAUGAACAGUUACCAAGAGCAAUUGACCCAGAUGCAGUUUGAUUUGGAAUCAGGGUUGGAUGCCAUGGCCGAGUCCCUGGCUAACUCGGGGACCGAUCCGGCUGCUGUAGCAGAACUAAACGGACGAUUCUCUACCCUUCAGUCCGAUUUGGAUCACAUAUCAGCAUCACAAAGGGAUUUGGGCGAAAUGCAGAAGCAGUAUUCAGAAGAUUUGCAAGCUCUAUGGAAGGACAUAGAGCUGAUCCGCUGCAUCAAGCCAGACCGCGCAGAGGUUUUAGACGCGCUGCGGGACAAGGCCGGCCUCUCCGACCUGAACGGACGCGUGCGGCAGGACCAGUUCGAGGCGGUCCACGGAGACCUGCUGAAGCGCAUAGCGGCUGCCUACGACAAGUUCAACAACCAGGAGUAUGUGUGGCAGAGAAUGAUAGACGACGUUGUCAAGGAAAUCAACGAAAGGGUUGAUUACGAUCAAGUGAUCGCUUUACGUGACGAAGCGGAAAAACACUUGACCAAUUUACAACAGAAAGUUGAAGAGUUGGCUAAAAUCGUUGGCAAGCCACGGGUUGCCUGUGUUACGAAAAAGCUGUGUCUGGAAGGCAACUGCUUGUCUUGUACGACUGCUGGCAGGCUGGAAGAAAAGGUUGAGCCUUUGCCUGAAUUGCCAGCCCUGCUGCGUUGCCAUGGAUACCCUCCCGCACACACUUUGGAAGACAAGUCUCUUCGUGAAAGUGGCGACGCUCCAUGCUACCAGGGACGGCUUAUAAAGCACGCUAUUGAUCCGCGAGCUUUCUUUUGCCACCGUUUUUGUGGUGGUGCGCAUACUGUAACCACAGAUAUAAAACGGACGCAUCCUCCCGAGAUGGUCGUACAAUCUGUAAAUUAUCCUACUAGCAUGGAUAAAGAGCUCGUAAGUUCGCCUCCUAUUACGGUAAUAAGUCCGCAGCCGUGUGAUCCUUGUAACAAGCCAGAAUAAUGAGUUCGUGACAUGCCCGAUAGAUGCGUUUGCACCGUUCCGCAAGUGUGCAAGUGCAAUCCUAACCAAGUAAAGUGUGAAUGUGAGGACAAAAAAUGUGCUUGCAAUGCACCGGAGUGUCGGUGUGGACCGAAGAGGAAGUGCAGAUGUCCACCGAAAGCUAAAUGUCGCUGCAGGCCUAAAAAACCCCAGCCUGUUGGCCCAAAGAAAUCUACUUGAUUUUACUUUAUGACGCAGGGAUUUAUUAUUUUGGAUGCCUCAUUAAUUUGUUUUAACAUUUGAAUAAAUUGCAUAAUAUCACUUUA